AUUUAAGGAACGCCCUCUAUAAUGAGAUGAUGAGCGUAGGUGAUGAUGGUGAAGUUGUGCUCAUUACCCUCACGCGACCUCUAGUCUGUGUUCAGCCUCUUGCUGUGGACAGGGUGUCCUUGUUUGGCUGAACUGCAAGAAUGCCUGUGAAUAUUGGUGAACAACGGGCUUCUCUAAAUAAGGAGGUAUUGACUGCCACACAGCAGGUCUUUGAGAAAGUUCUACAGUUUUCCUCCCUCUCGUCAGCAGCACACUUAAGAAUAAUGUGUAUCUACAGCUGACAGUAGAUGACAUUGGUAUAGGCCUUCCACUCAUCCCAUGUCGCACUGUAAACCAUCAAGUUGAUUCAACAGAGACAGGAGAUGCUCUCUGGUGACACUUGAAAGCUAUAUAAUAUCUGCCUGUAACUCUGGCUCUUUCGUAUGUAAGGCUCGCUUCAAAGGAUUCUAUACGCGGUUUGCACCAGAGUUUGAGACGAGCCUUGAUGAUUGGAAGCCUGAUUUCAAGGUUCCAAAAAUCAACAUGUGCACUGUAUCUAAGGGCACAUGUGAAGUGUUGCUGGACACCCAGAAAAAGAGAAUGCUAAGUGGUUUCUGAAUGUAAUGUGGCAGAUGGAAGGAGUUGACCUUCAUCUAGAUGUCAACAUAAGGAAGUAUUUGAGUGCCUUGGCUCACACGCUAACCAUGUUGACAGGUGCCCUAGAUACAGCCAUACCCGAGUCCAGUUAUGAUUCUGAUGAUGAUGAUGAUGACCACACUGACCAUUCUUCGUCACAGGUUUGGAAAGUUCCCUUUUUGCCUUUUGUCCCCCCCCCCCCAUCCCUAAAAAGUUAUAGUGAUAGAAUUGACUAAAGAUAAUGAAGGAAAUAUCUUGAGAAAGUGUGGAAGUUUAGGUCUGAUUUUAUUAUAGUAAUGUUUGUGAAUAUUUUCUCUUUUCACAGAUUUUAUUUUUCCUUGCUAAAGCCAGUGUAGUAUUCUUAAUCUAACUUUUUAUCACUCUUGUAUGUGAUUUUACGCUAUUUCAGAACAUUUUGGAUUCCAAAAUUGUGAAGAACAGGAAGAGGUUUAUGCUUCACUAAGUACAGUGAUGAAUUAAAUGGAAUUAAUUACUUGUAGAGUAUUGUUCAACUAUUUGGAUUAGCUUGAUAUAAUUGUAAUAAUCACAGCUUUUCAAGACAUGGGUCCUUUCCUCCUUGCAUACUGUGUCAAUUAAUUCUAAAUCUGAUAUUGCAGCAAGAAUCAGUUUGAGGAAGAAGACAGAUAGCACUUAAUGAAAGCCUCCGAGCUUGACCCUAACCUUGAUGCCAGGCAGCGAGCCAAGCUUCUGGAGAUAAAAAUGAAUGAACAAGCAAAGACAGUCAAUGACCUGAAGAUGUUAGGUGCAUCAGCCUCUACAAUCGAGCAAGAAAUGCGACGCCUGCAGGAUCUGGAAGCAGUCGUCUUUCAUGAUUUCUGUCGCGAUGUGAUCAAGAAGCUAUGGAGACAGAGUGCGAAGACAACUUCAAUGAAGGACCGUCUUAGCCUGGGUCCCAAUUCUGAUCUCAGGUCCAAGAGCUUUAAUGUUCCCUCACCAACCAUAGAGGUCAAGGAACCAAUGCACUGUGGAAGUCGGGGGGGCAUUGACCAAGUGUCCAUUAGUGUAGACAGCUCACCCUGCCACACUGCUUCCACUAAUGAGCCUGCUGCUCAGAAAGUAAAAUUUGUUGAAGGAUCGACUAUCGGGCGGCACUUGUCAUUCACAAGUGGUUCAUCAGACUCUUACCCCACGAAUAAAAUUGACAACUCUGAUGUGUUCCUGUUGACACCAGGGCAUGGUAGAACCCCAACACCUACAAAUGUAUCUGAUACAGAAACAAACUAUCACUAUCACUAAUUUCAGCAGCAGUGACAAUGUAGGCAGCAUGGAGAGUAAGAGCUGUGGAGGUCUGAGUGCACUGGUGACCAUGCUGGAUCAGGAAGGAGGACAGAAUGCAGAAGUGGGUGAAGGGAGAGGCAUCACCCAUGAUGAGGGUGGUGGCACUGACAGCACUCCGGGAACUGGUACAGCACCCUUGUCUGGUCAUUCAAGCAGUCACAGCUCAGGAUGAAAAAAGAAAGAAGUUUUUCCGGUGGUAUAUCUGAGACUCCAGGAAGUCCUGGUUCAAUUCGCAAAAAGAAUGAAGGCCGACCCAAUAUCUCCUCAAACAAAUUGCGUGCUCCUCCUCCAUCAUCACUUUCAGUAUCAGCUGACACAGUGUUCUACAUUCCUGGACUGGAUGUAAAGGUACAUUAUGAGUCACACAACAUUCAUGAAGAGAGACCAGUAGGAAGUGGUGGAGGCCACAGUGAAGGUGCAGGGUGGUCAACAGCUAGAGUAACAGGUGGUGGUGGGAGCCAAGGUGUAAGUACAUCAAGGAAAAGUGCUGUUGGGACAAGUCGCAUGAAGAGGGCUUCUCUCUUUACAUGGCUUUACCUUAGAGUAUACAAAGGGAGACAACUGUGAGGCCAAACAUUUUAGAAUUUUUGGAGCUAACUCUGGAGCCAUUACCUUUACCAGAGCCACAACACAAAUCACCAGUUGCAUCUCAAGAACCUGAGCCAGUGUACAAUGUAGAAGUGGAGGCAACUACAGCUGGUGGAGGUGUUCCCUAUGUUUAUGCUUCAUUCC